GCAGCCUGCAAAGUGUGGACAGGUGAAAAAUAAGAGACUUUGGGAGACGCCCGGCACAAGUCUGAACCCCCAGGAAAGGUCACUUCGCAGAUCAGAGCGGGACCUCACGGCCUCGGGAACCGCGUCCUCCGAAGGACGCCCGCCCCUCAAACCUGACCGUUCAUUGGUGGGUGGUGUCGUCACUCAGUGACGUUGGCGGGUGAGGAACGAGAGGUGGAGCCAUAGAGACUUGGCCUCCGGCCUUUCUAGCUCUGGGUUAAGGGGGGGUGAUUGGGAAGGGCCUGGAGGACUGAGGCAGCCGUUCCCGGGAGCCUGCCGGAGGAGGUAGGGGUGGCGGGCCGUCCUAGGCUGUGACUUGGUGGACUCAGCGUACUUGUUUUCCUCCGGAUCCCACACCCUCGGCAUCCUGCUCCUCCCAUCGGCGCCCAGUUUUCCCGACAGCUUCCAGUUCUUCACCUUGAUCUCCUCAAUCCUUGACUUCGUCCGUCCCACCUCCCCUGAACAUACUGCACCCCUCAACUUGGGAGCUCAACCUCCACCCUCUGCCCCUCCACACUUUCAUGCUUCUCUUCUUCCUUUCUCUUCCGUCCCUUCCAUCCUGCUUCUCUCCGUCUUUCCUCCCUCAACCCGGAUCGCCUACACGGUUCGUCGUUGUGGUACCUGCGCCACCCUGGCACCAAAACAAAGGUCCCCCCCAUCCCCACCCCACCCCGACAAACACAGCCCACCGACACACACCACGCACAAAAGCCACGAGUCGAGGAAGCUCAGGGCGGUUUAGGGCCCCUGUGGCCAAGUACCGGAAGCAAAGGUUCCCUUGUUGACUAACUGAGGCAAAAUUUAAAUAUGGCCUUCUACACUUAUAACACAAUCUUAACUAUUGCCCGAACAAGAUUCCAUAGCCAUUUUGUCCACCCUACCUGUGCUUCUUACUCCCCAUCACUCGCAUUUCUUCACUUGCCAGAUUUCCAUUUAAAUAAAACACAUGUGAAAAACUAUGGCAGCAAGAAGUUCACCUACCCUAGCCAGCCAGGCAGUAAAGCACUUCACGCACGAACUAGAAUAAUACAAAAGCUACACACAUCAGCAUGUUGGUUACAAGACCUCCCUGGUAAACCUCAAUUGGAGCAAACCACAAAAAAGUCACAGGUAACAAGCCCUAAGCCCAGAGGAGAAACUGGCUUGAAGAUUAAGGAAGAAAAGCGAUCUUUAAGACAAAGAAUUGUGGAUGAACUUAAAUAUUAUUACAAUGGAUUCUAUUUGCUUUGGAUUGAUACCAAAGUUGCUGCCAGAAUGGUUUGGAGGCUGUUGCAUGGACAGGUGCUGACCAGACGAGAGAGACGAAGGCUGUUGAGAACUUGUGUUGAUUUCUUCCGCCUGGUUCCAUUUAUGGUGUUCAUAAUUGUACCCUUCAUGGAAUUCUUAUUACCAGUGUUUCUGAAACUAUUCCCAGAGAUGUUGCCAUCAACGUUUGAAAGUGAAUCCAAAAAGGAAGAAAAACAGAGAAAGAAAAUGGCUGCAAAGUUGGAACUAGCAAAAUUUCUUCAAGAAACAAUUACAGAAAUGGCAAGGAGGAACAGGGCCAGCUUGGGAGAUGCAUCUACCCAGUUUUCAUUCUAUGUCAGACAGGUCCAAACAGGCCACAAGCCCAGCACAAAAGAGAUAGCUCGCUUUUCCAAACUAUUUGAGGAUAAACUCACCCUGGAGCACCUAAACCGACCUCAGCUGGUUGCCCUUUGCAAGCUGCUAGAACUGCAAUAUUUUGGAACCAACAAUUUACUCCGCUUUCAACUCAUGAUGAAUCUGAAGUCUGUAAAAGCAGAUGAUGAAGCCAUUGCCAAAGAAGGGGUGAGUGCUCUGAGUGUAUCAGAACUACAGUCUGCCUGCAGGGCCCGAGGGAUGAGAUCCCUGGGUCUCACUGAGGAACAGCUGAGACAACAGCUCACAGAGUGGCUGGAUCUUCACCUAAAGGAGAAUGUCCCUCCUUCUCUUUUGCUCUUGUCAAGAACUUUCUACCUGAUAGAUGUGAAGCCAAAGCCAAUUGAGAUACCACUGAGUGGGGAGACUCCAAAGACACAUGUUCCUGUGGAAUCACCUACUUCUGAAUCUAAAGAGAAUGUGGUAGAUGCAGCGCCUCAACCAAAGGGAACUAAGGAUGAAGAAUUUAUACAGCUGCCCCCAGUUACAUCAUCACCCACAACACCAUCAGUUCCUAUUUUACCACCUAAAGAAACCAUCACUUCUGCUAAGGAAACUACACUCCAGUCCAAAUCACAAAAGACAACCCAAAAUAGCAAAGCUAAUUCAAAAGGAGCCUAAGGACUACUGGAGGACAAAGCUCACCCAUUCCAGCCUCUUGCCCUCAGCAGUGGCAUCCAGAAAGGACCUCCAACUUAAACUGUGUCUGGUUUGAGACUGAG